CAUGGAGGAAGUUGGUUCUGUUCUUCUCAUCCUUUCAUUCUUUCAUCGCGCAGCAGUGGUCAAGGUGGACCCUGCGUCAGAAAGAAUCCAUAGUUUAAAUAAACAUCUUCAACUAAAUCCGAAAAAUAAUCAUGUAAGUAUUACUCUAUUUAAACGUAUAUUUCAGAUGUGAGAGUAUUUCCAUUAAUUUAGUCAAAAAUAAUGGUCAAAAAGGCCAUCUACCACGAAAGCUAGAAUUGUCUUGUUUAAAUUGAAUUUCGGUUUUUCAUCACAAGAUUAUUUCUCUGUCACGAUCUUUUUAAAACCUAUUUUGGUUUUGAAAUGAUUUUUAAUUUAGAAAGUGUGUAGUGGCAUUUAUUUAAUUCAUACUUAUCCAUUUUAACAAAUCUACAUGAAGCCAUUUUGUCUUUAGCUGUUCACGCAUGCGCAUUGACAAUAAUGGCAACGUUUUUGUUACUUCUGGCGUGUUAAGCGCAAGCGCGAAGCAAUGUAUUGAUUUUUUCCUUUGCACUAGGUCUGGUAACUGGAAUAAUAGCCGUGGAAACGGUGGUUCCAAAUUUGGAGGAGGCAACAAAUUCGGCGAUAAUUCUUCUCGAUUUGGCAACGGUGGCAAUAGAUUUGGAGGAUCUGGAGGAUUUGGUGGGAAAAAAGAAUUCUCUGGAGGUCAGAACAUGCGUCGCCCAGAUUGGGAUUCUGUUUCGCUCCAACCUUUCAACAAAAACUUUUAUGAUCCACAUCCUACAGUUCUCAAAAGAUCACCAUAUGAAGUCGAAGAGUACAGAAAUAAUCACGAGGUAACUGUAAGUGGCGUUGAGGUUCAUAAUCCUAUUCAAUACUUUGAAGAAGCAAAUUUUCCUGAUUAUGUGCAACAAGGUGUAAAGACAAUGGGUUACAAAGAACCGACGCCCAUUCAAGCUCAAGGCUGGCCGAUAGCUAUGUCUGGAAAGAAUUUAGUUGGCGUAGCCCAAACGGGUUCCGGCAAAACGUUGGCCUACAUCUUGCCAGCCAUUGUGCACAUAAACAACCAACCGCCUAUUCGGAGAGGUGAUGGUCCGAUUGCUUUGGUCUUGGCGCCUACCAGAGAGUUAGCACAACAAAUUCAGCAAGUUGCUGCAGAUUUUGGACACACAUCUUAUGUUCGUAACACGUGUGUGUUUGGUGGUGCUCCUAAAAGAGAGCAAGCCCGGGACUUGGAGAGGGGAGUAGAAAUAGUCAUUGCUACUCCAGGUAGAUUAAUUGAUUUCUUGGAAAAGGGCACAACCAACUUACAGCGGUGCACAUAUUUAGUUCUUGAUGAGGCUGAUCGUAUGUUGGAUAUGGGAUUUGAACCACAAAUCAGAAAAAUCAUUGAGCAAAUACGCCCAGACAGACAGACUUUGAUGUGGUCAGCUACUUGGCCCAAAGAAGUGAAGAAACUUGCUGAGGAUUACUUGGGAGACUACAUUCAGAUCAAUAUAGGAUCAUUACAACUUUCCGCAAAUCACAACAUUCUUCAAAUUGUAGAUAUUUGUCAAGAACAUGAAAAAGAAAAUAAAUUAAAUGUAUUAUUGCAAGAAAUUGGACAAAGUCAAGAACCUGGUGCGAAAACAAUAAUUUUUGUUGAAACCAAGAGAAAAGCUGAGAACAUAUCAAGGAACAUAAGGAGAUAUGGCUGGCCAGCUGUUUGCAUGCAUGGCGAUAAAACUCAACAAGAAAGAGAUGAAGUUCUGUAUCAGUUCAAGGAAGGUCGUGCUAGUAUUCUUGUAGCAACUGAUGUUGCAGCUCGAGGGCUUGAUGUUGAUGGUAUCAAAUAUGUAAUAAAUUUUGAUUAUCCAAAUUCGUCGGAGGAUUACAUCCAUCGUAUUGGGAGAACUGGACGUUCAAAAUCAAAAGGAACAUCAUAUGCUUUCUUUACCCCUUCAAAUUCCCGUCAAGCCAAAGAUUUGGUAUCUGUUCUACAAGAAGCUAAUCAGAUUAUUAGCCCACAACUGCAGUCGAUGGCCGACCGUUGCGGUGGUGGUGGCGGCGGGUGGAACAGGAACAGAUUCGGCGGAGGUGGACGAGGUGGUGGCGGCUCUUUUAAACGCGGAAGCAAUUUUGGCAAGAGUAGCCAAAGGGGGGGCAGUGGUUACAAACGAUUUGACGACUAUUAAAUAAGAUUUUUGUUGGCAUUUCUAAGAGGGUGAAUCCUCGUAAUAUAGAUAAAUGUUAUGAUUUGUAGAUCCUGUUUGGAUAUUACAGUUGUGGCUAGUUUAAUUUAUUUAUUGUAAUGUCCACUAGCGACCCAACAUUUUAUAGGUAACACUAUUUAUAUUAUGUUAAAACUGUGAUAUUUUUUUAUUGUGAUUCUACCCAAGAUUUGCAAAAUAGUGCAUUCUUACUCUGAAAUUUUCCAAGUAGAAUAAAUGUCGUCAAAUUCAUGUAGAAUUUUAUUAAUAUUUAGAGCGUUAAGCCGUCAUUCCACUCUUGUUACAUUUCAUUGUAUAAUUACAUUGUAUGAAUAAAUAAUUUAAGAAUACUAA